AUGCCGACCUCGUGCACAGAUAUCCGCGCCGCGCUGGCAGCAUGUCUCGCCAAUAGCGACUGUGUCAUGGUCCACCGCAACAAGCCAAUCGAUUGCCUACGGCCACCGCUCGUGGACACGCUUCCGACGCAGUGCCAACAGCUGAAGCACGGCUAUGGUCAAUGUAAACGUGGACUCGUCGAUAUGCGGAAACGCUUCCGCGGCAACAAACCCAUUGCCACCAGCCAGGAACUGGAAGGCGAUGGCCCAACACCCAUGCUGUACGCGGGCAAAGGAACCUACGAGGGACUGCAAGCUCAGAAGGAGAUGAAGGAGGGAGAGGAAUACCAAACCUUCACGAGAAAUGACGGUAUUGAAGAUCUACAAAAGAAGUGA